AUGGUCCUUACGAUAGCCUGGGGGAUGAUCGGAAUGCGAUUGGGUGUACCAGCUGCAUACAAGGUUUCUAACCUAACCGGAGCGACCAAACAAGAAUUUAACCUGACCGGAUGCGUUUGGAAUAGUGAUACCGGAAAAGUGGCCGUGUUUGAGUCGGUCCGGAGCGGCAAAGUCCCCAAGACGGAGGCGAGUCCAGGCUGUAGCCAGCAUGGGGACGCCCCGUCGCUAGCGACGCCCAGAGGGUGUCACCCUGGGGCAGACCGUUGGGAUGGCGGUCUCCUCAUGCGUACAGGCGGUUCGGUCUUGUGCUACACGGAGAUCAACCGUGACAGCUUGACGAUUGACGUCAACAGCCCAGCCAGGGAUACCCCACGCUUUCGACCAGCUCCAAAUCUACUCAAUCUUUCCGAAUUCCUAUUCUAUGGCCAGUACCACCACAACCUCCAUCAUGGGCUUGGUGGGGCUCCUGGAGCUACUUGUCCACACGGGAUGCCAAUCCUACUCAGCUUGGGUCAAUGGUCCAACCAACUCGUCCAGGCCUUCCCGCAGAGCUACUUCUAUCCCACCCUGGCUGUCUGGCUCUUCUUAGUUGGAUCUUGCGGUUCAUCGGACGCAAGAAACACAAACGCGCUCUCCUCGACAAUCUCUUCCAAUCCAUUGUCCUUGCCGUCUCGUUGUCUGGAUUUAGACCCGCCGACUACCCCCUCAACGAGAAGAACUCCCAGCGCCGAAUCACCAAUAGAAUCACCGCUCAACUUAGAUCUCGAGCACCUCUCAAACCCGUCGGCGAAAGAAUUUUUCCUGAGGAAUAUCAACAACGACGUGACCCAAGACGUUCCCUUGCUGAUUGAAGAUAGGUUUGAGCAAUUGAAAAGAAGGCUAGGAGACGCAUACAAUACUACUCAACUAGUACACAAUAAAUUGGAAUCUAUUAUUGAGCCAGAGUACAAAGAUUCUCCUCCCCAUCUUCAAUACAACAACCCUUUUCUGAAUACUCAGGCUGAGCAGUUCAUAGACCAGCCCCCCCUUGAACCUGAAAAUUUUUUCCAACCUGCUGUUCCUAGAACCACUGCCCCUGUAACCAAUAGAGAACAAGUAAAGAAACCAUUCAUGGCUGAAGUUGAGGAAAAGCCCACAGAAAAAUCAGAUUCCCCACAAUGGCUUAAAGAUUUUCCCUUCAUUGAUCAUGGAGAAGUGAGCAUUGAGGUAAGGAACCAGCUAUGGAAAGGCAUACCUAAAACCAGUGAAUGGACAACUUUCUCAGGAGAAUUACCAUAUAACCAUGAACUAUGGCUGCAGAACAUAGAAGUGUUUAUUCAAGACUACCAAAUGACUGAUGAUAUGAUAGGAUAG